AUGCGGGGUCAACACGUGCCGUCUGGUGCUGCUCUCACCGCCUCGCCACGCGGCAGGCACCUGGAGGCCCUCGCCAUCAAAAAUUCAAAGUGGCUCAAGGACUCACACCUGGCGCCGCUCGCCGCGCUCGGCGGCACGCUGUGCUCCCUCAGCCUCCGCGGCUGCGGCGGCGUCGGCGCGGCCAAAGGCGCGCCGACCGCCACCGUCCUCGGCGCACUCACCGGCCUGCGCUCCCUGGACCUCUCCAACACGGGCUUCAGGUCGGCCCACCUGAGGCUGCGGCAACUGUCGGCACCAUUGGCGCGCCUCACCUCGCUCUCGCUGUCGGGCUUGCAGCUGGACGACGCGGCCUGUGGCGGGAUCGAGGAGCUCGGAGAUCUCAGAUCACUCGACCUCUCCGACGCCGUCAUCACCGGUGGCUUUGUCGAGGGCGCGCUCGGCGGCCUGACGCGCCUGACGCGCCUCGCGUUGAACUGGUGCAGCACAGGCGCGCUGCCGGUGUUUGGCAGCCUGAAGGCGCUGGAGAUUGACCACUGCCGCCUGACCGACGUGGCGCACUCGGCGCAUGGCGGGGAGAUGCGGUUGGAGCGGCUGUCCGUGGCGCAUUCCAGCGUCGAGGGCAUUGCGGCACUGGCGCUGCCCGAAGUCAUCAGGGCUUCCGCCCCCGUUUUGCAAGAGCUCACCGCGCCCUACUUGAUAAACCUGGAGCCCGGCGGCGGCGACGGCUACGCCAUGCAGCUGCUGCCCGCGCUCGCAGGCGCCGGCCAGCUGCGCACGCUCGACCUCAGCGCGGCCACCGCCGCGCCCCGGGAGCGCCGCGGGCCCGUGGCGGCGGCGCCCGAGCCGCCGCCGCUGGAUUCCCUGGGGCUGAGUGGGCUGACAGAGCUGGUUUUCCGCGGUUGCUCCGUCGGCGGCGCCGCGCUCGGCGGCAUCCUCCAGGGACUCACCAGCUUGCGGCGCCUGGACGUGUCCGGCACGUUGGCCCCGCCGCGCCUGGGCGUCGCUUCUGGCGGCGGCGGCUUCGACGACGCCGCACUUCGAGCGCUCGGGAGCUGCCGGCUGCCACAUCUGGAGGAGCUUGAUGCGAGAUACAACCCAGGGCUGGAGGGCCGCUUCGGCGGCGGCGGUGGCGGCGGCGGCGGCGGCGACGAGGACGGCGGCGGUGCUGCAGGCGGGGGCGGGGCCGUCGGCGCAGCAGCCGCAGCGGAGGAGGUGUGGCGCGGCCUGGCCGGCCUGCGGGACCUCCGGUUGCACGACACCGGCGUCACAGGCCGCGCGGCCGUCGCCGGGCUGGCCGCCGCGCUCGGCGGCAGCCUGCGGCGCCUGGACAUAGACAGCAUGUGCCCGGCGUCGCUCGCGGCGCUGUGCCAGCACGCGCCCGGGCUGCGGAGUCUGCAGGUGACCUGGGGCGGGCUGACGGUGGCCGACCUUGAGCGGCUCCUCCCGCGGCUGGGGCGGCUGGAGCGGCUUGAGCUGCGGUCGCAGAACCCCCUGGUCAUUGACGCCGAGCGGCUGAAGCCGCUUGCGCGGCGGCUGAGGGGCGGGAGGGUGGUGGUGGAUGGAAUCGAUGUGACCGCGCUGGUCCGCGCGGAGGCCGCCUCCGGGAGGGACCAAGGCGGCCAGCAGCAGCCCUCGCCGCAGCAGGGGCGGCGGCCCAGCGGCGGUGGACGGGAGGGCCUGGCCUCCUUUGACCAGCGGCUGCGGUACGCGCGGGCGGACCUGAAAGGCUUGCAGUCCAGCCCCGUCGUCGCCGCGGCGGCGGGGCGUGUCAGGGAGGCGCUGCUGACUGCCGGGGCCGAGGAGGGUGUUGGGUUGGGCAUCCUGCGGCCCGACUGGUGA